UUGGCACCUGACUCAUGGCGACCGUCAUGCACAGUAGAUCUAAACACUGCACAGUCCCACACCAUCCCCAUGAUCAGUUGUGGCUUGUUAUUAGGUGUUGUCGAGUUGGUUCUAAUUCAUAGCAGGCCCUCUGUACAACAGUGCAAAACACUGCCCAAUCCUGCACCAUCCACACGAUCGUUCUUAUGCCUGAUCCCAUUGUUGCAGCCACUUUGCCAGUCCAUCUCAUAAGGGUCUUCCUUUUUUUUUACUGACCCUUUACUUUACCAAGCAUGAUGCCCUUCUCCAGGGACUGGUCCCUCCUGAUAACAUGUCCAAAGUAUGUGAGACGUAGUCUCGCCAACCUUGCUUCUAAGGAGGUUUCUGGCUGUACUUCUUCCGAGACAGAUUUGUUCAUUCUUUUGGCAACCAAUGGUAUAUUCAGUAUUCUUUGCCAACACCACAAUUCAGAGGCACCAGUUCUUCUUCAGUUUUCCUUAUUGUCCAGUUUUCACAUGUAUAUGAGGCGAUUAAAAAUAUUAUGGCUUGGGUCAGGCUCACCUUAGUCCUUAAAGUGACAUCAUUGCUUUUUCACACUUUAAAGGGGUCUUUUGCAGCAGAUUUGCCCGCUGUAAUGGGUCAUUUGAUAUCUUGACUGCUGCCUCCAUGGGUGUUGAUUGUGGAUCCAAGUAAAAUGAAAUCCUUGACAACGGUUGUGGACUGGACUGUUGUAAUCCAUAGGGUUUUCAUUGGCUGAUUUAUGGAAGUAGGUUGCCAGGCCUUUCUUCGCAGCCUGUCUUAGUUUGGAAGAAACUAAAACCUGUUCAGCAUCAUAGCAACACGCGAGCCUCCACUGACGGACGGGUGGUGGCUGUGCUUGAAGUACAUUGGCCAGGAACUGACCCGCGUCUCACACAUGAUAGGCAAGGAUUUUACCCCUUGAACUGUCAACGCCUCAGAAGUUUAUUAUGUUGGAAUAGAAUUCUGCGGGGCGAGUUGAAUGGAAAUACAGUUUUGAGCAAAAGAAAAAGAAACGAUAUAAAAUUUCUGACAAUGAGAAAUCUCGUCAUUUUUAAAUGAAUAGUGGAUAGCAAAUUGUUAUGGUAUUUAUAUUACACUAGAUUCAUUUAAAAGAGUAGGUUAAUAGCUUUAUUUUAAAGUUGAACAUUUACAAGUACAAUAAAAAUUAUGUGUUUUACAGCUAUUUAAAGUUACAAUGAAACAUUCGAGAUACCGACUUAAAACUGUUUCAGGAGGUUUAUUAUUUUUUUUUCAAAAUUUUCUUAGGGGAUUGCCAAGCAAAAAAAAAAAUUGAAGGUCACUGAUUGUUGCCCAUAUUAAUAUGACCAUAAGAAAGAUGUAGUUCCCACCUGUCAUGAAUUGAAUAGUGACCCCCAAAAUAUAUGUCAACCUGGCUAGGCCAUGAUCCCCAGCGUUAUGUGGUUGUCCUCUAUUUCGUGAUCCAAGCAGAGCGAUAGGGACAUCAUGCCCCCAAGACACAAGUGCUGGGAGCAGAGGGUGUCCUUUGGACCCGUGGUCCCUGUGCUGAGAAGCUCCUAGACCAGGGGAAGAUUGAUGACAAGGACCUUCCCCCAGAAUCGACAGAGAAAGCCUUCCCUGGGAGCUGACGUCCUGGAUUCAGACUUCUAGCUUCCUAGACUGUGAGAGAAUACACUUCUGUUUGUUAAAGACAUCCUCUUGUGGUAUUUCUGUUAUAGCAGCACUAGAUAACUAAGACAAUAACUAAGACAUGGGGGGAUUGAAGGAUGGGGUCAGUGAGUCCUCAAACAGGCAGGGAAGGCCUGGUGAGGGUGAAAGGGUUGAGCUAAGGGAGGGGCAGGGUGGUUAGUAGCAUGGGAGGGAGGCAGGUAGGAAAGGGCAUGCUGUAUUUGUGGACAGUGAGGGCACCUCCCCACCCAGGCAGUGGAGGCCUCUAGCGCUCUGACUGCUACCACGCUUGGCUGCCAUUCCUUGCUUACGGUAACCUAUCACUGGGUGCGUCUCCUUUACAGGGGAGUACGUUUAUUUGCUUUUAACACUGAAUUCUCUUCCCAGACUGCUCAGUUGGCAUCGUUCAUUGCUGCCGUAUUUUUGUCAUCCUGUCACUACUUCAAAAGAAAGAAAAAUGAAUCAAUAAAUAGAGAACUUCAUCUUGGGGAGGCCUCUGAAAACCAUCUCAAGCCUGUUGCAGAAGUUGUAAAAAAAAAACUCAGAACAAAUUAUUUUUAAUCAUGUUGCUUUUAGGAAUAAAUAUAGGUCCUAUUAAGCUUUUACGACACAGUCGUGAGUCACGAAAUCUGGUUGGAAAUUCUGGAGAGUGCUGUUUGAGGUUCGUGCUGUGCGUGGGGCCGGUGGAAUUUGCCCGAUGAAAUCAGGCUUUCUCCGGGUGCUUGUGGAAGUCACCCCACCCACCAGGUUCUCCCAGGCCCAAGGGAUAGAAACCUGUUCUCCUGCUCUGUUCCUUACCUGAAGGGAGAUGCUGGCUGUCCACACCUUGUCUAAACAGGCACAGUCUUUAUCUGGCCUCACCUUCCUUCAUUCAUGCUCCUGAAACAAUAUGCAAAGUUAAGCUUCCAUUUAGGGACAUGCAUCCAUGCAUUUCCGGAUUACUAGGGAGAAAACAAUGGGGUCGUUGGUGGUCCAGUGAUAUAACUCUCACCUUUCAUGUGAGAGACCCGGGUUCAAUUCCCAGCCAGUGCACCUCAUUUGCAGCCACUGUGUGUCAGUGGAGGCUUGUGUGUUGCUAUGACCCUGAAUAGGUUUCUGGGGAGCUUCCAGGCUAAGAGGAACUAGGAAGAAAGGCCUGGCGAUUUACUUCUGAAAAUCAGCCAAUGGAAACCCUAUGGAUCGCGAUAGUCUGAUCUGUAACCAGUCAUGAGGUUGGAGCACAACUGGGUAGCGCUUUGUCUGUUGUGCAUGGGGUCACCAUGAGUCAGGGCCGACUGGAUGUCAGCUAACAACAGCAACAAGGCGCUGACUCAAAGAAGGUAGCAGGGGGCUCUGGGAUUGUGUUGUGGGCAAGAGGCAGGGAGAAGCCCUCCCCUGACGUGGUUGGUGAAAUUGAGGGAUACAUGUGGGGCCGGGCGUGGGGAGUGUCAGUCCUUCCAUUCCACUUCAUUCUUCCUCUCCCUGAGAAGCCCCUGCCUGUCCACAGCCCACUUGUGAGCCAUGAUGAAUGCAGUAGCCUCGCAGACCACAAAACCUCACCCCAGAGGAUGUGGUCCCUUCUCGCAAAGUGUUUACUGCCUAGUUCAGAAGACGGGACCGAUGUGUGAUUAUUACUUAAAGCAGCAUUUCAACAAGUGCAAUUUUACAAGUGAGCAAGUAUAAGUGAACAUCUCAGAAGAAGGGGAACUUGGAAAGCCCAUCUGAGGUUAGGGAAAUGAUUAAAGAAAGCUGGGUUUUCAAGGCAAGAGGGAGCCUGCUUGGCCGUAGUUGUUCAUAUUAGAUGCCUUCAUUCAGCAAGAAUCUACUGGACACCCUAUGUGCUAGCUGGCAUCCCUGGGUGGUGCAGUUAACACGCUCAGCUGUAACCAAAAGGUUGGAGGUUCGAGUCCAUCCAGAGGUGCCUCGGAAGAAGGGCCUAGUGAUGUACUUCUAAAAAAUCUGCCAUUGAAACCCCUAUGGAACAAAGUUUUACUCUGACACACAUGGGGUUGCCGUGAGUUGGAGUUGACUCAAAGACAAAUAUAUACAUAUGUGUGUGUGUGUGUAUAUAUAUGUAAAUAUAGAUAUAUUUUUUUACAUACUAGGUAUCAAGAUGAACAAAACAACCAAACCCGCUGGUGGCGAGUCAGUUCCAACUUGUAGCAGCCCUAUAGGAUAGAGCGGAACUUCCUCAUCGUGUUUCCAAGGCUGUAAAUCUUUACAAAAGCAGACUGCCACAUUCUUUCUCCCGCGGAGAGGAAAUCUUACAGAAACAUGAAGCCCUGAGCCAUCUGGAACUCAGAAACCCAUUCGGGGCCGUCUGCGGCUUCUAGAACAUCCAGGUGUUCUGCAGAUGUGAGAACUUAUCCUGCAGCUACCAGCUGGGAUCCCAGACAGAUGCGAGGCUUAUGCUACUGCUCCAACACAUAAAGGUCACUUUCUAAGUGGCCGUGAUAAGUUAACUGUGCAACGGUACAUAGAACCCAAGUGAAAAAGAAGUUGUUGACACUGAGGCCUAACUGAUGCACGAAUCAGUGAUCCUACUGAGCUGUAGGCUGCUGGUGGGAUAACAUUUACGGAAAAGGGUUAAAUCGAAUUCAGGGGUGUAAAUUUCCUCACUUUCCCAAAUCAGGACUUCAGAGGGGGUCAUCAUUUCUGCAGCCCCCACUGUUCCUAUAGCCAUCACUGCCAUCCCCACUGCAGCUCCCACUUACACCUAUCUUCCUGCAAACCCCACAGGCUCACUCCAAGGACGUCCUACACUGAAAGUGAGCCGAAGGGAGCUCUCGGAAUCAUCUCUCGGGGUGGCUCGACAUCACCCCAACAACUGGAACCCUUUUCUUACCACCAUGGGCUGGCUUUUUCUAAAGGUUUUGAUAGUGGGCUUGAGUUUCCUGGGAUUUUUUUAUCCUGUGGUGGAUUUUCGCUUCAGUGGGAAGACUGGAGGCCAGAAACCAAAUUUUGUGAUCAUUUUGGCAGAUGACAUGGGGUGGGGUGACCUGGGAGCGAACUGGGCAGAAACAAAGGACACGGCCCACCUUGAUAAGAUGGCUUCGGGAGGAAUGCGGUUUGUGGAUUUCCACGCAGCCGCUUCCACCUGCUCGCCCUCCCGCGCCUCUCUGCUCACGGGCCGGCUUGGUCUUCGCAAUGGGGUCACCCACAACUUUGCAGUCACGUCUGUGGGGGGCCUUCCGCUCAACGAGACCACCUUGGCAGAGGUGCUGCAACAGGCUGGAUACAUCACCGGCAUGAUAGGCAAAUGGCAUCUUGGGCACCAUGGCUCUUAUCACCCCAACUUUCGUGGUUUCGAUUACUACUUUGGAAUCCCAUACAGCAAUGAUAUGGGCUGUACUGAUACCCCGGGAUAUAACCACCCUCCUUGUCCAGCCUGUCCACAGCAGAGUGGACCAUCAAGGAAUCCUGAGAGGGCAUGUUACGUGGACGUGGCGCUUCCUCUGUACGAGAACCUCACCAUUGUUGAGCAGCCGGUGAACUUGAGCAGUCUGGCACAGAAGUAUGCUGAGAAAGCCACCCAGUUCAUCCAGCAUGCCAGCGCCAGUGGGAGACCCUUUCUGCUCUAUGUGGGCCUGGCCCACAUGCAUGUGCCCUUAUCUGUGACCCGGCCAUCAGCUGGCCCACCAGGCCGAAGGCCGUACGCUGCGGGUCUCCGGGAGAUGGACAGCCUGGUGGGCCAGAUCAAGGACAAAGUUGACCGCGCGGCAAAAGGGAACACAUUCCUCUGGUUUACAGGUGACAAUGGCCCAUGGGCUCAGAAGUGUGAGCUGGCAGGAAGCAUGGGUCCCUACACUGGAUUGUGGCAAACUCGACAAGGGGGAAGCCCAGCCAAGCAGACUACAUGGGAAGGAGGACACCGGGUCCCAGCUCUGGCUUACUGGCCUGGCAGAAUCCCUGUCAAUGUCACCAGCACUGCUUUGUUAAGUGUCCUGGACAUCUUUCCCACUGUUGUGGCCCUGGCCCAGGCUAGCCUGCCCCCGGACCGGCACUUUGAUGGUCUAGAUGCCUCUGAGGUCCUCUUCGGCCGAUUGCAGACUGGGCACAGGGUGCUGUUUCACCCCAACAGUGGGGCAGCCGGAGAGUACGGAGGGCUGCAGACGGUGCGCCUGGAGCAGUACAAGGCCUUCUAUGUCACCGGUGGAGCCAAAGCCUGUGAUGGGAGCGUCGGCCCCGAGCAGCACCAUGAGCUUCCACUUAUUUUUAAUCUAGAAGACGACGUUGCCGAAGGUGUGCCUCUAGAAAGAGGUGGUACCGAAUACCAGGCCGUACUGCCCAUGGUCAGAAAGGUUCUGGCAGAUGUCCUUCAGGACGUUUCUGAGGACAACGUCUCCAGUGCAGAUUACACUCAGGAUCCUUCAGUAGCUCCCUGCUGUAAUCCCUACCAAAUUGCCUGCCGCUGCCAAACCGUGUAA